UCGUAUCUUGAGUUGUCUUGUUUCUCUCGGGCCCUCUAUUCACAACACCAGUUCUCAAUUAUCUAGUUAGGACAUUUUCUAUGUAUAAACUGCUCCGACGGAUUUCGAGCUCGUUCACAGGCCGCAUUGAUCGAACGCGAGAGGAGCAAGAUGCCAGUCCAAGCACUCCAUCUGCUGGAAGCAAGCGACGCAUGAGCGAUGACGACGAUGAACAGAAUGGCAGUUUAUCUAAGCGCUCGCGCGGACAUGAUGACACGACGUCGCGGCCAGAUGAAUUUGGGAGCGCGGUAGCCACACCGGCACGCGAUGAGUCAGAGUCGCCAGCUUCAUCAUCCGUUCCUGCGUCUGGUUUGACGAGAAAAGACACGGAGGAAGUGCGCCAAGUCACGAAGGGCGUGAAGGAAGUCGAGCUGGAAGACAAGAAGGGAAAGGGGGUGGAAGCUGUUCAAGAGACACCAGAGGACAAGGUUAAUGACGGGCCGACUCCGGAGGUCACCGAGGAUGCCACUCCUGACGAACCACCAAAAGUUGAUGACGCGACUGAGGACGAAACCGUAGCUGAUGCUGAUGCUGGCGGCGACGCGAGCGAUGCGGAGGGAAGCGUAGUCUCAGACUCAGAGCCAACGAACGACGAGUCAGAAGAACCUAUUCCUGUUAAGGAAUCCACAUCCGAAUCCACAGAGGUGCCUUCAGAAAGUAAGGCGUCGAAAGAGGAGCCUGUGAGGGUGGAUAACGGUCCCAUCUCCGAUGUGAAGAGUACCAAAGCGACUGACCUAGACGCACGAGUCCGUGACACAGAGAUAGUUGCAGGACCAAUCUCCAGUGGUACCUCUGGUGAGAUUCCUGCAAAAGCAUAAAGACUUAAAAGAGAAGAAGGAGGGACGAGCCUUGGUUAUUUACGAACGAUAUAUAUCACCAUUCUUUACAUUCUGUGACCAGAAAUCUAAUCAUUCCCUCUUGUACGAUUUGCUUUCAGUCAGCCCCAGUGUCUGUGGUUUUGCGGACCUUCGUACUUACAUCACUCCCGAUCGCUGUCACAUCGCUCAUUCGCUCAUACAAAUUUCUUGUAUUGCUUUCCCGGAAUUAUAUUUAUCAUGCAUUGAUAAUUUUCUUUUUUCUUGGAAUCUAAGUAUACCCAUCCC